AUGGCGGGCUGGGCCCUAUGCAUGGCCCUGGUGCUGCCAGCACUGGCAGGGGCAGUGGGCGAGACCCGCUACGAGAAGUUCCUGCGGCAGCACGUGGACCACCCCCGGACAUUCAACCUGGCAGCCCACCGCUACUGCGAGACCAUGCUGGCGCGCCGGAGGGUGACGGCCCCAGGGCGUCCCUGCAAGCCCUCCAACACCUUCGUGCACGCGCCGGCCGAGGAGCUGGUGGCCGCCUGUACCCAGAUGCCUGACGCGAUGGGGUUCCACAGCACCCCAACACCCAUGGGCCUCACAGCCUGCCGCCUGCGGGGGGGGGACACCCGCCCCCCUUGCACCUACCGGGCCCGGGAGCUCCGCCACCACGUGCGGGUCUCCUGUCUGGGUGGGCUGCCCGUGCACCUCGCUGGCACCCACGCGCCCCCCCAGUGA